GCUCCAAAGACACAUGUGGCUCCUCCUUCCUCUUUGUGGGAUCUUCAUAGCAAACUCAGCGGCAGAGUCCCCCCAGGAUGAACCUCAUGACCCCUUCAAUUAUGAUUACUAUUCGCUGAGAGUUGGAGGCUUGGUGUUUGCCGUUGUCCUGUUUCUGAUGGGCAUCCUCAUUAUUCUUAGCCGGCGCUGUCGUUGCAAGUUCAACCAGCAGCAAAGGACCGGAGAACCGGAUGAAGAGGAAGGAACUCUGCGCAGCUCCAUCCGGCGUUUAUCCACAAGGAUGAGAUAGAAGACAUCAUAACUGGUAGCUGUAUGGAUAUGGAUCCUCCUGGAUCUGGAGCGUUCCCCUCCUUCGUUCCGCCUGGCCUUUGUUCUCCCAGCAAGGCCCCAUUGCUUGCCACAACUCCAGUGAAUUCCAGAACUGCUUGCCUCUGGGGGUCAUCCCCACCCAACUGAACCCCCCUUACCAAAACCUUCCCCUUCUGUUUUGGCUUGCUGUUUGAAGUCCACUGCUUCUCAGAGAGGCAGGGCAACCUUCUAACCCUUGGCCUUCAGCCUCUAGUGACCAUGAAGGAUUCUAACUCCUGAGCUGAGUUCCAGCUGUUUUACAGUAGGGCCCUGUCUGAGCUCUUCCCCUUUAAAAAGCUCUCCUUGGGCUUCUGGAAAUAAAAAAUUUCCUUGAGUC